GGCCAUGGCAUCGUCUGGCGUCGAGAUGCUCGACCGCAGAGACUAUACACCGAUCGCCGGUAGUACGCCCGUGUCCGGUGGCCUCUUCCACCUUCCGCCGCCCAGCGCCCUCGCCGCGCUCGUCCAGCGCAUCAAGGCCGACGUACCGCAUGCCACAGAUGCCAUCGAGGAGCUUACGCGCGUGCUGGCGGCGCCGCGCCUCGAAGUCGAAUCGCUCGGCGGGUCCAAGCCCAACAAGCACUGGCGCGUCUCGUACACGCAAGAGCGCAACACGAAGCUCACCAUGUACGCCAAAGAAGCGUGGCGCGAGUCCCACGACGAUGCGGUCAAGGCCGAAGUCGCCGACGUCAUCGCGCUCCUCGUCGCCGAGCCAGCGCACCGCGACGCAACACUGCGUCUGCUCUACGAGUUUGUCGCGGGUGGUUUUGGGUUUGUGCAAAGCGCCUUGUACUUUGCGAUCAGCGACCAGCCAAGUCCGUUCCUCACCUUUCUCUCGUCCCAUCUCGUGGCCAAGUCGCCGCUGAUUUUGAACGUGCUGCAGCAGCUCUGCGAGAACCACCAUGCGCAGUGGCAGAGCCUCAUGCACCUCGAUCGCAACUCGUCAUGCCUUCUUCGCGCCUGCGAUCUUCUUGCGUCGCUCACCGCCGAGCCGCGCGUCCUCAACCUCGAGAACGUGCACAUGCUCUGCGACGUGCUCAUGUUUCUCAGCGAGGCGUGCCAAGGUCCGUGCGCGCAGAACCAAGACCAGCUCCUCUCGACGCGCGCCGUUGCGAUCGCAGCCGACAUUGUUCUCUCGUCCCGCAAGGCGCCCGAGGCCUUUGACGAUGCGGUGCCGACGAAGCUCCAGAUUACACUGCAGCACCACGCGAGUGACUUGCUCUUGGCGCUGCUCGAAGGCCGGUCGGACGCCCGCGUUCACAAGGCGCUCAUUGAUGUGUUCCCGAUUCAAAAGGUCAUGACGCACUUUACGAGCAGCUUCCGCGCCAUCAACGAAAAGCUCGGGACGAAGCGACACCACUUUUUCUCGCCGCUCAAGCUCCUCGAGAUGGCGCAGUUCUCGCGCACGUCGCCCGAUGCACUCAUGCGCGCGAUGCCCGAGUACAAGGGCGCGAUCAACCUCUUGCGCAUCGUCAAGAACAUGCUGCACCUCGACGCAUCGAUCGCGCCGGACGCCGCGUGGCUCGAGUUUGCGGCCAAGUGGCGCGACUUUCAGGCCAACGCGAUUGUGAAGGAAGCGCUCUCGUACUUUGAAGCGCAAAUGGUGUCGGUCGAGGUGACGCGCGGUGGGUCAACGUACACGGUGUACUUUCUCCAGCCCAAGGUCGCUAAGCUUUUCACCGACGAGCUCCGCACGCGGCUCUUGGACGCCAUGGACAUUGGCACGGAGCAAGCGCUCGACGUGCUUGUCUCGGAGGCUGCCACGGAUGUGGUCGACGAACUCAACGUGAUGAAGUACCUCAGCAAGAACCAGUUUUACUCGACCAUGAGCAAGUGGGCGCCGUGGGUCCGCGCCAACAUGCUCCGCCUGUGCUUUUACAUCAACUUUGUCAUGCUCUUGAGCGUCGACCUCAACGACAUGCCAGCCAUCGGUCUUCCCACAAGCGUUGUGCCCAAGGAUGAUGCCAAACUCGCGCCGUACUUUAUCUCGAUGCUCGGAUUCGUACUGCUCCUCAUGGCGACCACGCUCUGGCUCUACUACGCCUUCUCGGCCUUUUGCUUCAACUACGCCAAGCAGCAAGUGUCGUCAUUGACCAAGCUCACGCUUUUGCCGGGCGCAGCGAUCCGCCAAACGAUGCUCGAUGCCUUUGCCGGUCCGCUCUAUUACUUUGAACUCUUCGUGGCAAUGUUCCUCGUGGUGUUCUACCUCAAGAUGGACACGGGCGUCAUCCAGAGCUGCGUCGCUGCGGCGCUCGUGUGGCUCAUCUACAGCCUCUUCGCAGCGCUCCGCGUCGUCUCGGGCCAAAUCCGGUUUGUCGUCAACGCAGACGCGACUGACGUCACGUCGACGGUGACGAGCAUGCUCACGUUUGUCUUCAACGUGCUCUUCGACACGGCGUUUACGGACAAUGUACUGCUCAUGGGCACCUACGCGCUUUGCUUCCUCCUCGGCGUCGGUCUCUCGAUGCCGUGGAUGACGUCGCUUGUCUCGACGGGUCCGUGGGGCCUCGUCUUUUUCGGCUUUCCGCUCGUCGACAUUCUCGCGACCAAUGAAAAGCUGCGCUUCAUCGCGCAAGCGAUGCGCAGCAACUUUGGCAAGCUCGGGGUCACGGCCAUCUUUGGCGCGAUCGUCAUUUACAUCUUCUCGCUCAUUGGCUUUUUCUUUCUCCAAGCCGAAAUGACGAGCGACGACGACGGAUCUCUCUGCUCAACCUUGCUCGAGUGUUAUGCGUCCUACAUUCGCUACGGGUUGCUGGCGGGCGGCGGCAUUGGCGACUACAUGUCGUCGUCGCUCGGGCACAACCUCGACUACGCCCAGCCCAAGCUCUACUUUCAGCGCAUGGUCUACGACAUGGCGUUCUACGUCAUUGUCAUCACGCUCUUCCUCAACAUGAUCCAAGGGAUCAUCAUCGACGCCUUCACGUCCGUGCGCGAAGAGUCCGAGCAAAAGGCCGCCAUGAAGCGCGACCGCUGCCUAGUGUGCAACCGGUCGCGCAACGCGAUUGAAGUCGCGGGUAUGGAGAAGGGUCUCCUCAACAACUUUGGCCGCCACACAGAGACCGAGCACAACCUCUUCCACUACUUUUUCUACAUCCAAUAUAUCCUCGGCAAGGACGACAAGGAGCGCAACGGUAUCGAGUCGUACGUCUACGAGAAGCUCAAGACCAGCGACAUGUCGUGGAUCCCGCGCGUCUAAUUCGGCUGCUGCAAUACAACAUGUACAUGUGCCGACCUGCACUGUCGACGAUACAUCGCACAACUCGACUAAGAACUGAUUCGCGACAUUAGAAUCAAGCCGAUAACAGAGCGUGUAGGGCAGCGCAGUUGGUGCACGAGCACAGGAUCAUGGACGUCAGCUCUGAUGGCGUGUUGUCUACUCCUUCUCGUUGGCCGUAAAUCCUAAAAUCUCCAAAUUCGAGCAUUGA